AAUGCGAAGAGAUGGCGUUGCCUAAGGCUAGAGAAAUUUCGACGCGACCAUCAGGGCCGCAUAAUGGUCAAUGCAUUCGCCCGGAUAGCGAAGGGUGCGGGUUCGAGUCCCGUCUGCUGCCUGGUCCGCGUGGAUUUUUUUCUAGUAAUAUUUUCUUUAGAUUUAAGUAGCUAGCAGUUGAAUGUUUAAAAAAUAAAUAAUAUAACCUCACAGUAAAAAAAGAAAUAAAAUCUACUACAAAAGGAAUAAGCCAUUUGAACAUUAUGUUCUAAAAUCAAAUCAAAUAGCGCGCGCUUCCCAAGCUUCCUGUUACACACUUCCGUCCCACUUCACGUAAUCACUCCCACAAAUUGCACGAAAGCGAGAGGAAAGAUGUUACACAUCAUCAAUAUAAUAACUUUAGGAUUAUGACACGUCGUUAAUAUUUUUAGGUUCAUGAGCGAGUCUGGCCUCAUCGACGUAUUCGUAUUCAUGGGCGACCAACCAUCGGACGUCUUUAGGCAGUACACCACACUCACUGGAUCCGCACCUAUACCACCCAAAUUCUCCCUCGCGUACCACCAAUGCCGCUGGAAUUACGUCGACGAAGCGGAUGUCAGAAGCGUCGAUGACAACUUUGACGUACACGACAUUCCCGCUGACGUCAUAUGGCUUGACAUCGAGUACACUGACAGGAAGAAAUAUUUCACAUGGGACGUAGAAAAGUUCCCCCACCCGGCCGAAAUGGUGGCCAAUCUCACCGCUAAAGGCCGUAAACUUGUCGCCAUAAUAGACCCUCAUAUUAAACGUGAAGCUGGGUACUUCUUACAUGAAGAUGCUACGGAGAAAGGGUACUAUGUGAAGGAUAAAGACGGCAAGGAUUAUGAAGGUUGGUGCUGGCCCGGCUCAUCAUCCUACCUGGACUUCUUCAACCCGGAGGCUUCCAAGUACUACUCGGAGAGAUACAAGUUCGAAAACUUCCCGGGUACCAGCAACGACGUGCACAUAUGGAACGAUAUGAACGAGCCCAGCAUACAACAUCACGAACAAAAUCGUGGCCGAAAUCUGUCCAAAAGACAUGUGCACAAUGAGUACGGUCUGUGGAACAUCAGAGCGACCCACCAAGGAAUGCUGGACCGUAGUGACAAUAAGUAUAGACCAUUCAUACUUACAAGGUCUGCGUUCGCUGGAACUCAGAGAUUCGCGGCCGUAUGGACCGGCGAUAACGCGGCGGAGUGGGGCCAUCUAGCCGCUUCCCUUCCGAUGUGUCUGUCUCUGUCGCUCGCGGGCAUCAGCUUCUGUGGUGCAGAUGUGGGCGGGUUCUUCAAGUAUCCCGAAGCGGAGUUGAUGACGAGAUGGUAUCAGGCGGGCGCGUUCCAACCGUUCUUCCGCGCGCACUCGCACAUAGAGACCAAACGCCGCGAGCCGUGGCUGUACGAGCCCUCCACCACUGCCCUUAUACGGGACGCUAACAGACGAAGAUACGCGCUCAUUGAUUUCUGGUACACACUAUUCUAUGAGCACUCCAAGGACGGUCUGCCAGUGAUGAGACCACUGUUCCAACACUACCCCAAGGAAGAAGCCACUUUUACCAUCGACGACCAAUACUUACUAGGUGACAAGCUUUUAGUGCGACCGGUGACGUCAGCGGGUGCUACCAGUGUCAAAGUUUACUUUCCGGGCACCGAAUCCAACACCCUCUGGUACGACGUGGACUCGUAUCAGGCCCGAGUGGCUGCCGGUUACGCCAACAUUGACGUCACCUUGGCUAAGAUCCCAGUUUACCAACGCGGCGGUAGCAUAAUUCCGCGCAAAGAAAGAGUGCGGCGUUCUUCCCUCCUUAUGGCCGACGACCCUUACACUCUAGUCGUAGCACUGGAUUCUAACAACACAGCUAGCGGCUCUCUAUACAUCGACGAUGGCGAAACAUAUGAAUACAAGAAGAAGAAAUACAUCUACGCCAAGAUCUCAUACACAACCGAAGAAAUGACUUACUCUUUCGUGAACGACAAAGCCACAUAUCCCACACAAUCGUGGGUGGAGCGCAUAGUCAUUGCGGGUAUAAAAGUACCCCCCAAAACGGCGAAACUACACCAGGGUGACAAACAGACAGCGUUACAGAUGACUUUGCAUCGGGGCAACGACGUAUUAGUUGUUAGGAAACCCGCCGCCACUAUGGCUCAACCUUGGAAGAUUACGUUUAGUUAUUAA